AGAGAGUGGCACUGAAGCAAACAGAAGAUCCUUCUGCAGGAGCCUAUUCAGCAACAAAAUCAAAGAUGAACAGAGCAACAGCUGUAAUGACUGUUAUCCUGCUCCUGUGUACUACUGCUGUACUGGGUAUUCCAGUCCCAGGUAAUCAAGGACGGUGUCGGUGUCCUGCGACCAGCUCCAAUUUUAUUGAUCCAAGAACCAUCAAGACUUUACAAUACCUUCCCAAAGGAUCAAAUUGUGAGGCAGAGGAGAUAAUCGUCACCAAGAAAAGUGGGCAGCAAGUUUGUGUGAGCCCUGAUGCCAAGUGGGUGAAGAUAAUCAUUAAAUCCAGGAAAGGUUCCAGACCACGUAACUAAGAAUUGAAGCUGCAAUGGGAUUGACUGGAUUGCCCACCCGGGGAACUUGCCGUAGAGUGAACACUGAAGUGAAGGAAGUCACUGCGGGGCAUUCCUCUUUCUGAUAUCACCGUUCGAUAUGUUGGUUGAGCAUUAAAUCUCUGAAACAAUUUUCAGUGUUUAACCCUUUUGCGCUGUAGUUGUUUACACAUGGUCUAAGAGGUCAGGCAGCUAUUGCGAAACUUCGUGCCGCGCUGCCGGUUUUCUUUUCACGAGAUAAGUUUUGUAGAAUUAUUCUGGAUGUGAUCUGGCAGUGUUAGGAGAUGCCGUACAACUGAAAGCAAUCUGUUAACUUACUCCAUUCGCAUUGGAAAAUAAUUUGUGUUCACCGAAGAGGUGGACAGGAAAUAUUAACGGCCUUAUGAACUUGGGGAGAAAUCAAAAUAAGACAAAUUUGUCGGCAUUUAAAUGUUAUUGUUUGAAUUAAGAUAAUCAAUACUAAUUUUUCAACAAUUUGAUUUAUUGAUGGUUAGAAAAUUAUUUCACAAAAUUUGUGCAUGGUUGCCAAACUCAACACUUAUCCUCCAUUCCUUUUUGCUUGUGUGACUGUGCUGGCAAGCUCCUUUGUUGAAAUGCUGCAGUCCUUGUGGCACUAAAGAGAGGAGAAGUCUGAUGACUGGAGGCACAGUGGUGCAAGGCAAAAUAGAUAAGAAUGGUCAAGUGAGGGAACAAAAACUAUGUUUUGAAGAGGUGCAAAUGAGAAGAUGCAGAACGGCGAACAAUACCCUACUGUCCAAUGAGAAGGUGGAGCAGGCAGGACUUAUGAUUUGUAAAAUGUUCACCAUAGUGUUGAUAAUGGGACUGUAAAGUGGCCUGUCUAAAAUUGAUAUCACGUUUCUUUAGCCUGUGCUGAGCUGUAGUGGAACAAUAUAGAAGAAUGAAGACACAAUAUUCAUACAGGGAAUGUGGAAGUACAAGAAGAUUGACAUUGUUUCAAAUUUAGCUGUAAAUUCGUUUGAAACAGUCUUUCUGUGCUUUUGAAAGCCUGUGCAGUCUACAUGAUUUUGCUGCCGUGUUUACAUCAGUUAUUUACAUUUUAAGUGAACCUCUCCGGACUUUGUUUGUAUGAUAUCAAGCCUCCAAAACUGAAGUCUGUGCAAAGAAAUGAUGUUUGCGAAAUACUAACAUUUUGGGAGAAAAUGCUGCUUAUCAUUAAUAUUAAUCAGAAGUAAUAGCAUUGAUAAAUAAAACUCUUCUCUGUGCAGUGACAUUUUUGUACAGAUGAGUUUUCAGCCUAGGAUUUUGUUGACCUCAGAAAAUUUUGUGUAAAAGUUGUAUUGUAUACAGGAGUGCAACUCCAAAA